AUGUCGGCUCAACAUGAGACUGUACCCAGCGAUGCCAUCUACGGCCCUGGAAGUUUUGUGGACAAGGAAUUUGUCCCAGCUCCCCAGGAUGCCGCUCGCAUCCUCCAAUAUAUCGCCAAGCGUACUCCCGGCUUCACACAAGAUCCAGAACUCUUGAAAACAGUCAAGUUCGAGGGAUCUGAGCUUCCCGUCAUUCCGGGUCCUUUCAAGGCCCCGCUCGUGGCAGCUGCCGUGCAUGCCAUGUGUGGUAUCGUCGCACAUGAAAUUGUUGAAGAUCGCGACGGAACGCCCGCCACCAGCCAGCAAGUCUCAAUCAACACCGACCACGCCGCUAUCUGGCUCGGAACUAUCUACGCGGGUUCAGUCGAAGGCAAGAGCAUUGAUGAGCUCGGCCGAAACCGCCAACUCUCCGCACUUUUCAAGAAAGAUUUCCAACAGGGCUGGAUGGGCACAGCUGUCAACAACCGAUCUACUGCCAUUUACAAAACCAAGACCCCCGGCGUCUGGUAUCAGCUUCACGGUUCUCUUGAUGCUAGCCCAGUCUUGCGGUCAAUGGGUAUGGACCCUGACUACCCAGCCAAGGACUUGGACGAUGCCUACCAGUACAUUAGCCGUCAUAUGGAGCAAUGGACGGCCGAUGAGUUGGAAAUGCACAAUGUCAAGAAUGGCUUCUGCGGCAGCAUCUGCUUCACUCCUAAGGGAUGGUCUGAAACCUUGAUGGGAAAGAGAUUGGCGGAUCACCCCCUAGUCGGUUAUGCUCGGCAAUCCCACGCAAUCCCCACGCCUCCUGUCCCCUCCCCCAAGACCCCCAAUGAUCGCCGCCCCUUGGCCGGCGUGAAGGUUGUGGAGCUCGUUCGCAUCAUCGCCGGUCCUGUCAUUGGAUGCACUUUGGCUGCCCUCGGUGCCGACGUCAUUCGCGUCAACUGCAGCCGAUUGGUCGAUCUCAAUGCUCUGCAGUUGACUCUGAACACCGGCAAACGCACGAUCGACAUUGACCUGACCAAGGAGGCAGACAAGGCGCGCCUGCGCGAACUCAUCCAGGAUGCCGAUGUCUUCGUCCAAGGAUUCCGUCCCAACGCCAUUGCGAGAAAGGGAUUCGGAGCCAACGAGCUCCUUGAGAUGGCCGGAAACCGUGGCAAGGGUAUUGUCUACGUUGAAGAGAACUGCUACGGUCCCGAUGGUCCCUACCAUGAGCGACCUGGAUGGCAGCAGAUCGGAGAUGCCGCUUCAGGUUCAUCCCAUGUGAUGGGUCGCUCCCUGGGCUUCAACGACGGCACCAGUGUUCUCCCCCCGCUUCCCAUCUCCGAUAUGACGACCGGACUGGUCGGUGCGUUGGGCACACUUCUGGCUCUUCGUGACCGCGCUCGCCUCGGUGGCUCGUACCGCGUGACCAGCUCAUUGGUGAAGGCGGAUGCCAUUGCAUUGGAGCCUGAGAUCGGUCUCUACUCCCCCGAGAUUGUCGAAAAGAGCAAGCAGGUGUUCAAAUGGGGACAUAUUGGUCCUGAGCAGUUUGUGCUGGAGAUCCUUAACGUCGUCAUGGAUGGAUGGAAGAGGGGCUUCCCGCAAUACUUUGAGUCCGGCCCCCAGUCGCUCAUGACUGAGUUCGAGGAAAGUCCUUUCGGCAAGAUGGAGAACCUUAAGCCUGUUGUGCAGUUGAGUGAUUCCAACGUGACACCUCGCUGGUUGACACCAUCUGUGCCAUUCUGUCACCACCCUCAGGAUAUCAAAUGGCUUUAG